AUGUGUCCUGCCAUCAUUCCAGAUAAUUUGUCAUUUCCGGAUGUCUCGAAUUAUGGGGUAGCUUUGUUGGAUCGACUAACAAAAAGUGUACUCGGGAUACCUACUCCCGAAACUGAGUUAAAACCUCACAAGUUAAAAGAACAUUUCGAGGGUGCGUUGUAUGAACUCUUUUUACUUAAGUCCAGGCUUCAAGAAAAAUGUUCUCAAUUAGAGGUAAAGUGUCGAGAGGAUGAACGAUCAUUUCAUUCUGCUGUCGAAAGGUUAAAAAAUGAUUUGACUGACCUUAGUCAACAAUUCUGCAAGUUAGAUACCGAAGUUCAUAUGGUAUCUGGGAAAUUGGUUCAUCUAGGCGACCAGUUAGAAAGGAAAAAUUUACCGAGAAAACGAAUUGAAGAGGCACGUGAUUUGAUACUUGAAUUUUAUAAAUUCUGGGGUUUUGGCGGAGGAAGUGUCACUAAUGUAGUAAGCGCUCAAUCAGAUGAAUCCCAGCUUCUUGAAGCUGCCACUCGAUUCAAAAAUUUGAGUUCCUUGUGCUUGGAGUUACCAGAUGAUGAACGCUUCUUAAAUGCCAAACAAAGAGUUACAGUUGCCUGUCAACACUUGGAUAAUGCUUUACUCGAACGAUUUCGAGCAAACUUUCUUACGGGCAAUGUAGAAACUAUGAAGAGCAUAGCAGAUGUACUUCUUCUUUCCAAAAACUACUCUCGGUGUGCUGAAAUCAUGGUGGAAGAAACAGUAAAGACUAUAGAUCCCAACAAGAUUCAUUUUAAAGAUAUUACUAAGUGCUUGGUUUCAAGUGAAAAGCUAAUAAUGACCAUAUUUUUACGACCGGAUUCAGUUCUGAUGCAGUUAAUGAAUAGUCUUUUCACAACAAAGUUAAAAGUAUACUUGAGUAAUCAUAUGAAGCAAGAAUUGAAUGCACAGGCAUUUUUAACUAAUUUAUACAAUGAAUACCGAAACGUUGAAAAACUGGUUCUUGAGUUAUCUAAUGAAUUAACAUUGAUUACAGAUCCAAUGCAACUUUCAAAAUUAUUUCGGGAAUUAUUUGCUCCAUACUUAACCGAUUAUAUGAAACGAGAAUCAGACUGGUUAACUGAACGCUUAACAGGUCAUCUUGAACAUUAUUAUCAACAUCAAAAACAUCAAAAACGUGCACUUAAUGUUUCUGGUUUAGCUGAACUUCGUCGAGAUCUCCAAGCAAAGUUUCAUAUCACUGGUGGUGAUCGGUCACAAAAUGAUUACGAUAUAUCGUUGUUAUCAGAAGAAGUCGCUGUUAAUAUUAUUGAGGAUAUUCGGCGUGCUGCCAAACGAUGCUUGUUGUUAUCUCAACCUACUGCCAUUCCAGAUAAUGGCAAAUUCAUAUUCAAUUGUUUAUAUCACUAUUUAAUUGUGGAACACGUGGAUUAUGGUGUUACUUUAGGUUUACAUGGUUUGAAUGUAGCUGAUCCUCGAAAUAAUAAUCCAAACUUGAUUUUCUUCUCAAUAAUUCAUGAAGCAACAUCUAUUUUUCACUUUUUUGAAAAAACAAUUGAUGAAUCCAUUUCACCAAUGAUUAUGACAAAUCCAUCAUACGUAAAUGAAAUAUCUGUCAAACGUAAGGAAUUGAAACAAGAUUUGGAAAGCAAAUUUUGUACUGGUUUAGAAAAGUGUCUAAAUCUGGCUAUCUCUCGUGUUCAAUAUUUAUUAUCCAAUGAACAGCGAAAAACUGAUUUUCGCCCAGAUAUAAACGCUAACUCAGGAAUAAUUGCUGGUAAUCCACCAUCACUUGCAUGCCAACAUGUUGUUGGUUUUUUAAAUUACAUCAACCGGGAAACUCACCAACAUCUUGAUGGUCAAAACUUAAAAACAUUUUUACACGAAUUUGGAAUGAAACUGAAUCGUACACUGGUAGAUCAUUUCUACAACUUUACCUUCUCCGACACAGGUGGGUUUGUUGCAAUGCAAGAUGUAACCGCCUACCGAGAGAUUGCAAAGUACUUUGAGAGUCCAACUGUUAAUCUUGUUUUUGAUGUACUGCUAAAGCUGAUGAAUCUAAUGUUAAUUAAGCCAGAAAACGUACAACAAGUUGUUCAAGAUUAUUUGCAGUCAGGAAUGCCAAGAGACUUAUUGAUGAACUUCAUCCAACUCAGAACUGAUUACAAGUCAGCGAAAUUACAAAAUUUGAUACAACUCAAGUCAACAAAAUAG